ACCAGGACUUAGUAUAACAACUGCUUGUAGUAAUUUCGGUCGGUUGGUUUUGGUUUAUGCACAACCACGCUUUUAAAAUGUACCACCAAAGUGAUCAGAAAAAUAAUGCCGUAGUGUUGGACGUUAUUCCACCUCAUUAUAAUUUGCAUCAUGGACAAACCAGUCCAUCCCAUUCUCCAAAUCAACAGUACAGCAAAGACUGUUCAAGUCCAGUAAGUCACGAUAUUAAAACUGGUACUCCAACAAGUCCUUCAGCCGUAUCAGAUCCUAAUAUUAGACGAUACCGCACAGCUUUCACAAGAGAACAACUAGGCCGAUUGGAGAAAGAAUUCUAUAAAGAGAAUUAUGUCUCCAGACCAAGACGGUGUGAACUGGCAGCUCAGUUGAAUUUACCAGAGAGUACUAUUAAGGUGUGGUUUCAAAACAGACGGAUGAAAGACAAACGCCAACGUAUGGCAAUAGCAUGGCCGUACGCAGCAGUAUACACAGACCCAGCUUUCGCUGCAUCUCUUUUACAAGCAGCUGCUUCAUCCCUACCUCUACACUAUCCACCACCACCACCAGUAUAUACACCGCACUACCCUAGAUACCAUCCAUACCCCAGCUUUGGAAUACCAGCUCUGGCCACUCAUCCUUUGGGUGUUCAGCAGAACGUUGGAGUUGGCGGUGGACCUAUGCCACAACCGAUGCACCACGCUCAAGGAUUGAACCUCAACUUGAACUUCGACUUUCCUCAAGCCUACCAAUCUCAGCAGCCAAAGAUCUCACCUCACUCACCCGUACAGUCUGAUAUUAGUCUCAGCCCGCCUAGUCACGAAGGCCUUCUUAUACAAGCUCCGAAGGUGUCACCUCAGACACAUGUACCGGUUGGAGAAAAACCGAAAUUAUUUAAGCCUUAUAAAUCUGAAGUUUAAUUUCAUAUUCUAUUUGUAUUAUUUUGUGAUCUUCGUCGUAAUUUUUAGUUAUUAUUGGAGGAGACAUCUAAAAUUGGCGAUAUUAUUUAAAUGUUUUAAUAUUAAAAUUUAAAAAUGUAUAAAUAUACUUUUUGGUUCAGAAAAAGUCAAACCACCUAGUUAAUGCCAUAGUUUUUAUAAAUCAUUUAAUUAUCGAUCAUAUAGGCACCUAUUCUUUAUUAAUAUCAUUUUAAGAAUCUUUAAGACUUAAGAUAAAGACUUGCUGUUAUAAUCUUACUAAGUACUUAGUUUUCUAUAAUUUAAGCUUCUUAAAAAUGUUUAGCAUUUUUACAAACUCUUACUUUAAAUUAUCGAUCUUGCGUAUUUUCCCUUUUUAGCAAUAUUAUAUUUCUAUUCAAAAUUUCUAUUCAAAUCUUUCAUUAUAUAGGUAUAAAAAAAUAUAAGUAGGUACUUAUUUUAUAAUUUACUUUUUCUAAAGAAUAUAAGUACAUAAUAUGUAAUAGGUACGCUUACUCCGAUAAAAUUAGUCUAGUUACAACAUAGGGGGUCCCGUAGGCACUUUUAGCUCGCCGCGAUUUGAUGGUGGUAUUCUAGGUUUUUUGGGUCGCUGAAUCCAAUAGAAGUUGUCUAGAAGCCCAAAUGUGGUACGUUUAAUUGUUAUUAACAAAUUAUGGUAAAAUUAGAUGUUUUUCGAACAUUAUUAGAAACCCCGUAAAUAAAUUGAUAGUGUUAAGGUCUUCUCUGGUGUAUUUUUGGUCGCUGAAUCGAAUGCGACUAGUCGCGAUUACUCAAAAUAUGUUCUUAUUUUGUUAAUAACAAAAUAAUUGUUUAUUCGCUGAAAAGCUCGAAAUGCGCUAUCUACAGCAAGUUUGUAGUCUUUUUCAUAGUAUUUUUAUACGCUAAAUCAAUUGCCACUAGUGGCGAUAGCUUAAACUACGUUACGACUUUGUUAUUAAUAAAUUAUUGCAAAAAUAGCGGUUUAUAGUACGUUUACUCAUGGUUUUUGCUCUAAAUUUUAAAAACCACUUGGAUUGACAUGAAAUUUGGCAUACACGUAGCAAACAUGUCAAACAAAGCAAGUGCUAUUGUGCCGAUGUCUGCUUUUACCCUGGGAAUGAAUUUCACCCCUUUUCGGGGGUGAAAAAGAAACCUUUAAAAUAAGUCCGGAAGUGGAUAAACUGAUUAUUUCUAAGCACCUUUUGUUCUAUACAGUUUUUUCACUAAGUCAAUACUUUUAUUAGUUACUUGGUUUUUUUGUUGAAAAAUGAACAUAUUCAUAUUCACUCGCAAAUAACUCGAAAAGUUUUGACUUAGUGAAAAAAAUGUAUAAAACAAAAGUUGCUUAGAAUUAAUCAGUUUAUCCAAUUCCGGACUUAUUUUAAAGGUUCCUUUUUCACCCCCGGAAACGGGGUGAAAGUCACCCCCAGGGUAAAAGCACACAUCGGCACAAUAUCACUUGUUUUGUUUGACAUGUUAGCUACGUGCAUGCCAAAUUUCAUGUUAUUCCAAGUGGUUUUUUUUAUUUAGAGCAAAAUCCGUGAGUUAACGUACUAUAAACCGUUAUUUUUGCAAUAAUUUAUUAAUAACAAACUCGCAACGUGGUUUAAGCUAUCACGACUAGUGACAAUCGAUUUAGCGUAUAAAAAUACUAUGAAAAAGACUACAAACUUGCUGUAGAUAACGCUUUUCGGCGAAUAAACAAUUAUUUUGUUAUUAACAAAAUAAGAACACAUUUUAAGUAAUCGCGACUAGUCGCAUUCGAUUCAGCGACCAAGAAUACAUCAGAAAAGACCUUAACACUAUCAGUUUAUUUACAAGGCUUCUAAUAAUUCCUGAAAAACACCUAAUUUUAACAUAAUUUGUUAAUAACAAUCAAACGCACCACAUUUGGGCUUCCAGACCACUUCCAUUGGAUUCAGCGACCCAAAAAACCUAUAAUACCACCAUCAAAUCGCGGCGAGCUAAAAGUGCCCACGGGACCCCCUAUGUUGCGACUAGACUAAAUUUACAAUUUGUUUUUCACGUAGGUAAUUAUGCUGGUAAUAAUGAAAGUAUGACCAAGUUUUUAUUAUUAUUUAUAUUUACUUGAAGCGCUAUUUUUAGAUGUCAAUUUUUAAAUGU